CAACAAAUCGGGUUUGGAUUGUGUCAAGGUUAAUUUUUUCAAUUUUCAGCCGAAUUUUGUAUCUAUUAGCUUUAGCAAAUAUUUUUUUUAGCCCGCUUUCUUGCUACACGUCCCUUCGGAUCACAGUAUCUUUGCUGCCACUCAUCCGGGUAUUUAUAAAUAUAUCCCAACAAACACUGAAGUUAUCAAAAAAGAAGUUUGCAUGAACCAUGACGCCAACUUGGCAUUUGUUGUGAGAACGACAGACGCUGUUGAAAUUCUUAAAUGGUAUGUGCUCUGCGCUCUUGAAAAGGAGUGUAUGGCACCGGCUGGAGCACAAUUAAUAUGCAAAUUUCGAGAAGAUCGCUAUACAGCCUAUGCAGGCUGUCACAGGUACGACCAAUCAGCUAUCAACCUACUUCUUGCGAACGCCUACCACUAUAAUAUCUCAAACUACAUUAGCCGACUGGGAAAGGAAGGUGUAAAAAUAAAUCGAUUCGCUGCUGACCAUCUAACUGAGAGUGAUUUUGACUGCACAAAAUGA